CGAGGAGUAUGGUGCCUUUCAACAGCCGAAUCGGGAAGGUGCGGGCCGCGAGGAAGGAGAUUCGGGAAGACAUCCCCUCUUCAAGGCCCCUGUCAAGGUGGCCCCAGACCGGGAAGACGAUGUAUCCCGACGCCUCAAGGAAACGCUGGGUGAAGUCGACAAGGCGCUGUGGAUCUUCUCGUACUACCACGACCACGUGUAUGGCAUCGCGGGUACCAAGGCAGCCCCGCCGACUCCGACCCCACCUUCUAUUAGCGAACCCGCCAAUGGUAGUAGCAACACAUCUUCCGUGCAAAAUGACCCCGCCACAGGGUGCCAAGAAGAUCCAAUACCAAAUCCCAAGCCAACGUGUUUGCCAGCUUUGCGUGCGGCUUCGAGCACAGCGUCCACCACGAACCCCCUCUUGGAACCAUCAAGCCAAGAACUUCUGAAUGGUCUUGACGUUCGACAUCCCAGUUCUCAUGCACCCUCCAAAGAUGUCAACAAUGAGAACAGUUCCGUCUCAGCACAGAAGCAGUCGUCUGUCGAUUCUUCAUUCCUAGCAAUGCACACAGAUACCAAGGACCCAGAAGCAGAAAGCACCAAGUUUUUUUUGGCGCCAAAGAGCCAAGGACUUCCAAAUGGUCUUGUCGCUCGGCAAACCGCUGCCUAUGCACCCUCCGAAGAUGUAAACGAAGACAACAGUUCAAUCUCAGCACAGAAGCAGUCUUCUGCCGAUUCUUUGUCACUGACGGUGCACACAGAAGCCAAGGAGGUAGAAACAGGCAGCACCAAGUUGUCUGCCGAUUAUUCAUCAGUGGGGAAGCACACAGAAACCGAGGACUCAGAAGCAGACAGGACCUGGUUUUCUUCAGUGCCAAAGGGCCAAGGACUUCCGAGUGGUCUUGUCGUUCGACCACCUACUGGCCGUGCACCCUUCGAAGAUGUGAGCAAAGAGAACAGUUCCGUCUUAGCACAGAGGCAGUCGUCUGUCGAUUAUUCAUCACCGAUGAUGCACACAGAAACCAACGAUUCAAAACCAGACAGGACGAAAAUUUCUUUGGUUCCAAAGAGCCAAGGACUUUCGAGUAUACUUGUCACGCCAGCACCCACUGCUGGUGCACCCUUCAUGAAAGCGAACAAAGAAAACCAUUCCGCCUUCGCACAGCACGAGUCGUACACCAGCAAAUCAUCACCUACGGUGCACUCAGAACGCAGAAGCCCAGAACCAGGCAGCACAGAAUGUUCUUCGAUGACAACAAGCUCUUCAUCGUUUGGACAGAGUGGAGUAAGCGCCGAGCGUGCAGCCCUUCGAGAGCAGGCGCGAAAGGCUCGGGCCCUUCGCGUGCGUGGUCUGGGUGGAGGAGAUCCAGGAGAAUGUCCCCCCCUCAUGAGCCCCGUCAAGGUGCUUCCUGGCCAGGAAGACAAGCUGGCGCGACGCGUCCAGGACGCCUUGGGUGACGUCAACGUGGCGCUGUGGCUCUUUGCAAACCACCGCGACCACCUGUAUGGCCUCGCGGGCAACAAAGUGGCCCAGCAGACUCGGGCCCCGCCUCCCAUUGGCAAACCCGUCAAUGGCAGAAGCAGCACUUCCUCGAUGAGGAAUGACAACGCCAUGGAUCCUGGAGGAACAAGAAGUAGCAGUAGCAAUAGGAGCAGCUCGCUAAUUACUGAGAAACACCAUAGUAAUCGCGCGAGCAGCAGCGGUUGCCAUGUCAGCAGUGGUGGCAGCACUCAUCCUGCUAGCCAGUCCGGCACACGCAAUCAACAGCAGAGCUCUGCUUACGGCACCAGCUCAAGCCAUCUUUCACGCCACGACAGCAGUCGCCACUCUCAAAAUCAUCACCCGAGGCAGCAGCUGCCACACCCUCCUCAAUCACGUAUGGACGGUCAUUACAAGCCAUCGACUGCUUACUCGUCUUCCGCAGCAGGCAGCAAGAACCGCAGGCACUCGGCCCAGCCUCUGCAGGGCUCAUGGCUUCAACCCCACCAGUCAAGGGGCAUUUCCUCUAAGCAAGAUCCUGGAGAAACAAGGAGUAGCAGUAGCAAUAGGAGCAGCUCUCUGUCUACCGAACAACACUAUAGUAAUCAUGUGAGCAGCAGUGGUCGCAGCGCGUAUUCUGCUAGCCAGCCCAGCACGCGCAAUCAACAGCAGAGCUCCAGUUACAACCCCAGCUCAAGCCAUCUUUCACGCCAUGACAGCAGUCACCACUCUGGCAAUCAUCACACGAAGCAGCAGCUGCCGCACCACCCUCAAUUGCAAAUGGGGGGCCAGUACAAGCCCUCGCCUACUUCCUCGUCUUCCUCGGCAGCCAGUAAGAACAGUAGGCACUCCGCCCAGCCUCUGCAGGGCUCAUUGUACCAACCUCACCAGUCCAGGGGCAGCUCUUCGGAGCAAGGCUUGCUAGGGAAUGCAACGUCAAAUCCCAAGAAAAGACCUUUGCCAUCUUCAAGUGGGGCCUCGAGUGCAGCCUCCACCACGAAUUCCCCCGUGCCUUCGUCGAACCAAGAACCUCGGAAUGAUCUUGGCGUUCGACCACCAGCCAAGCGUGCACGACGGUUGUGA